AUGCACGUGCAACAAAAACUACUUGCGUCCUAUCAAGGCGGAAACUACAUGGACACGGCUUUGUCUGAACGUUCUUACGACGUGCAUGAUGUUUCACCGCGUCUGGAACAGUUCUCUUCCAGCUCUGACAAUUGGCAUCCAGUAGAAGACUCUAUCUUACUUCAUGCACCCCCCCGACACUCACCUGGCUCACUAGAUGAAGCAAGCAGUGUCGAUAGGAAUGGAGGUUUGUCAAUUGAGACAUCAGAAAAUGCCAGAACCAUAUCUUUGGAGCAGGCGCAAGAUCUCCUAGCCCAUACUGGUGCUCAAUUUCCCGAAGAGCAAAUCUCCGCGCCUACAAAAGUGACUCUCGACAAUCCGACAAAUCCGAGGAGAGCAAUUUUGGACAACUGGAUCAGGGAGCGGAUGGUUCUCUGUGCAGAAAAGAAGGAACUUCGUUUUCUGCCUAUAAACGAGAUUCAAGAUCUCGUCACCCAGGAAAACAUACGUAAAGAGCUCCAGCAGGCCAACGUGCAAGGCGAUUUGUCCACAAUCACAGCUGAUAUCUGUGAACCCAGAGAAACUCCAGGUGGUAAAUCCUCCUCAAGACAAAGGAUUUUCGCUGUUUUGUGCAUGUUGCAGAAAGCAUCUGAGAUUGUCUCGUUUAUCCGCGAGAACAUUUUUGACAGUGAUCUACCAUUUAUUUUCGAUCUUCACAGCGUGCCCAGACGCGAUGUAUGUUGCACAUCAGACCAAGGAUUCAAGCCCGUGCGACUGUUCAGCUCUGAAAUAUGGCGACCGAUGGAACGAGAACUAUUCUACCAUUAUCAAGGGCAGCUAUUGGCACCGCUCUUCAGAUUCAGCUAUGAUGCUGGUCAGAAAGUCAUGCAUUUCCCUCUGAAAGACGAGGUUGUACUCCCUUUCAUAGAGGACACUCUGACAGAUGGCGACGUCCUUGGAAAGACCCUACAGCGUGAGGGAGGAUUCUCAUUCGUCAGGAAAGUCAAGAUACAUCCUGCACAUUAUACCGCGAACCCAAAAACUCAAGCGAAGAAAGAUCUUUACUUUGCUGUUAAAGAGCUGAAGGUUACGGAAACAGCGGAAUCCGCUCAAGAGAAACCAGACCAUCGCGAGACAUUGGCACUGAAACGGGUCAAUGAAAAACGCCACAAACAUCUGAUAAGGCUGCUCGCGACGUAUACACACAACGGUCGCUUUCAUAUGAUCUUUCCAUGGGCCGACGGAAAUCUCAAAGACCUCUGGAAAACCUCCAUACCUCGAAGCCCCGAACUUGCGAAAUGGCUCCCGGCACAGAUUUUAGGUCUAGCACGAGGUCUCCAACAUGUUCAUUACUGCACGCUUGACAAGUCCAUUGUUCAAGAUUUAUCUAUAAAAGAUCAACAGAAGAUACACGGCAGACAUGGGGAUCUUAAGCCGGAGAAUAUACUUUGGUUUCAAGUAGACGACAGCAUAGAAGGUGAGGGAUCGACCGAUGUCCUCAAGAUUGCUGAUUUUGGCUUUGCAGAUUUCCAUGGCCCUGAUUCCAAAUCCAACGUUGGCAUGAGUGCUAUAGGCGGCUUCACAGACACCUACAAAGCCCCGGAAUUGGAUGUCAGAAGACCCGUAUCGGCUCAAUAUGAUAUUUGGUCAUUCGGUUGUAUACUUCUGCAGUUUGCUGUAUGGUCCAUCCUCGGAUGGGAUGGGGUUGAAGGCUUCUCCAAGAAACGAACUGCUGAUUCGGAGGGCGGGCAAAUCCCAACGGACAAGUUCUUUAAACAUGAAACAGUUGGAAAAUGCUCGACUGCGCGAGCAAAGGUCUCUGUUGUUGAGGAAUUCGGGAUCUUGAUGAAUCACGUUGAUUGCAGCGAUUAUAUCGUUGACCUACUGAAGUUUAUAGAAUCUUCUAUGCUCAGAGUGCACGCUCGGAAUCGUGCUGAUAUUGACAUCAUUGUUCAAAAGUUCGAAGAGCUCGAGAAACGUUGCAACGAAAACGAACGAUAUUGUACGCACAAAACCCAGUCAAUCAAGACGAUUGGUUCGGACUUAUCGGAGAUCGUUGAAAUCGUCGAAUCUCGCGAGAUCAGUAAAGGGAAGACAGAUGGUCCCGUUACAUGCCUUGUUCAGACCAGCGGCCAGCCAGAGGGCAAUGAGCUGAGUUCAAAACCCAAUGAUGACACAAGAGUCGGAGGCGAAGCAAAUUAUGUCUCGACAUCGCGAAGCUCUCCAUUACAGUUUGUCGACAGCAUUGAUUAUCUCAACCCAAAUCAGCCUGCGAACAUGCCAAUUGGAACACGCUUUGAGCCAGACAAAUAUCCUACAUCUCAGCCACCUCAGCAUAAUGCAGAAGACAAAGGAAAAAGUACAAACUACCACUACCUGACACCUGUUGAUAACCCUCCCGAAAGUUCAAACGAUAGUCGAGUUCUUCCAAGAGAGAACAUCCUCGACUCCCAAACUAUGGCAGCAAGCCGUACCAAGCCUGGAGAUGAAACAUCUAGACCUCAAAGUCAUCACUCACAACAAGAAUCCAACGUCCCCAACCAGGCAGCUCUCAGGCAACUGAAGGUUCCAUCAAGACGCCGAAUGUUUGUGGAAUGGUUGAGUAAGAUGUUGUGCAUACCUCAGAGUUGAUGCGACUUUCUCCAUUGUCGUCCGUUGAAAGAUCACUUUGAACAUCUGAGAACCAGACGAUCUCGCAUUCUGCAGCACAUCGGUAUGAAACUUAUGCGUUGCCAUCUUCCCAUAACGAUCAUUUCUUCAUCGUUCACGACGCGAUUUGUACGGCGAAAAAUGACGAAAAAGUACCAUAAUCCGAUGGUUAUUGUCGUGAAGAAAACGGUAACGACGACGUAUACCCACACAUAGCUGGAAAUUUGGGUUUCGCCAUCAUCACCAAACCAGUCGAAAAAUGUCAUCGAGAACACGGUCUGCAGUACUCGUCGUCAGGAUGCUACCAGACUAUGAGAUGGC